GUGUGGCUCAGCGUUGUGGGCAGCGCGUCCAUCGGUGCGUGGCAGGAGCUUUCGGAGGGAGCUGCAUGCAGCCGGCGGGAGGCUGAGACUCUCUCGCGCGCGCUCUCCCUUCCUUUUCGCAGCCUUUUUAUUCCCCCACGCCCCCAAUAGCCUCCUGGAUUCCCAGACAGGACCCUUUUAAAGCGGGCAAUCUCUCCCGCCCAGAUCUCCCCCCCCCGCAACCCGGUCCAAGAUGCUCCGCCGCGACCUUUUUCUCUGGCUGCUGUUCCUCGCCACGCCUGGCAUCGGCUCAGCCCGCGGGCUCUUUCUCUUCGGGCAGCCCGAGUUCUCCUACAAGCGCUCCAACUGCAAGCCCAUCCCGGCUUCCUUGCUCCUGUGCCGCGGGAUCGAGUACCCCAACAUGAGGCUGCCCAACCUGCUGGGCCACGAGACCAUGCAGGAAGUGCUGGAGCAGGCGGGCGCCUGGAUCCCCCUGGUGCAGAAGCAGUGCCACCCGGACACGCGCAAGUUCCUCUGCUCGCUCUUCGCGCCGGUCUGCAUCGACGACCUGGACGAGACCAUCCAGCCUUGCCAUUCGCUCUGCGAGCAGGUGAAAGACAGCUGUGCCCCGGUUAUGUCCGCCUUCGGCUUCCCUUGGCCUGACAUGCUGGACUGUAGCCGCUUCCCCCAGGACAACGACCUGUGCAUCCCUCCGGCCAGCAGCGACCACAUUCUCCCGACGCCCAAAGAAGCACCAAAAGUCUGUGAUGCCUGCAAAAGCAAGAGUGAGGAUGACAAUGAAAUUGUGGAAAACCUUUGCAAAAAUGACUUUGCUCUGAAGAUAAAAGUGAAGGAGAUCGCCUACAUCAAUGGGGACACCAAGAUCACUCCGGAAACAAAGAGCAAAACCAUCUACAAGCUGAAUGGGGUGACAGAAAGGGAUCUGAAGAAAACUGUGCUUUGGCUCAAAGGUGGCCUGCAGUGUACCUGUGAUGAAAUGAAUGAUAUAAAUGCACCCUAUUUAGUGAUGGGACAGAGGUUGGCUGGGGAGCUGGUGAUCACCUCGGUUAAGCGAUGGCAGAAAGGUCAGCGGGCAUUCAAAAGGUUCUCGCGCAGCAUCCGCAAGCUGCAAUGCUAGUUGGUGGCCACAUUCGGUCCCAUCUAAACACCAGCCUUGAGCUUUUCCAAACCUCUUGCACCUAUCUGCUUCAGAUGCAAAGCACAGCAGGUGUGGGGGAGGAAGAGUUGUUUGUAUCUUGGGAGGGAGGGAGGUGGAGGAAAAAAGAGCCCUCCCAAAUCUUGUACAUAUAGUACAACUAUAAUUACAAAAAUCAUGAGUAUGUUUUUUAUUUUAUUAAAGUAUCUUGCUUAGAGCCAGUUAUUUGCAUUGGUGUGAAAUGUGACUUAGAUAUUUUUAAUCUUUCAUUGUGGUUUUCCAUAGGUGAUGUUAUGUGUUAGUUUGUUAACCAUCAAGCCCAAUUGGUCAGGUUCACUUUUGAUUUGGUGGGAAAAGGCCACCAUGAAAUGAUGUUGCCCUGCCAUGACAGGGCUUCAGAAGAUAGCAAAUUCCAGAUGUGGAUACUUUUUGUCCUAUUUGGAAGGAAGGGCUGCCAUCUGAAAAUGAUUACCACCUGGACACUUUCCCAUUUUUGACUACAAUUCAAUGCAGUGAUAAAAGGCAUGCUUUGACUUCAGUGGGCUUGAGCAUGCUUAAAGUGGCAAUCCUGCGCAAACUUACUUGGGAGUUUGCGCCAUUAUACUUAGUGGGACUUCUGUAAAUAUGCACUGUAGAUCUGUAUUGAAUUGUGGCCGUUAUGUUUUAUGUUGGCCUUGAUUAUUGAACCUAACUUGAUCUAACAUAAACAUGCCAUUAUUUUUGUUCACUAUAGAGAAAUUACCAUUGUCACAUGUGCUACUUAUGCAGGAACUGCAUCAAUAAAGGCAUAUUAACCAUUUGCACACAGUAUUGUAUACAAACCUGUUAAUAGUUUUAAACUGACUGAAUGCACAUUUGAGGAAGGUUUUUGUUUUGUGUUAUUUUGGCACUGCUGCCUUCACAAAUUAAACCUUUCUUUAGUCUAACUGUAAUAUAAGUAGUGGUUUUUCUGAAAGAGUUGUAAAAUAUUACUUUAACA